AUGGCCCCCACGCAGACGGUGCACCAUCACCGCUCUACGACAAAAACCUCCCACAAGCCAUACAAGUCCCGCCAUGCGUCCAAGAGCUCCAUCAAGGACAAGGAGAAGGGCAAAGUCGAACGAAGCGAGCGGGGCACGCGCAAGACCCCUCAUCAGCAGCUCAUGUCGAAACUCGAUCGGAGGAACCAGGCCCGUCAGAAGCAACAGCUCAAACACCAGGAGAAGUCCCAGGCCAACAGUAUUUUCUCCGGCCAGAAUGGUGCCCCCCGCCAUGUCGCCGUCGUCCCUCUCUCCCCCGACAUCGACGUCGCAUCGGCCAUCCAAGCGCUGAACGAAAGUGUGGACGUCACGGCAGCGAUUUCGCUCGAUACAGUCACCCGCGUGCGCGUGGACCGGUUCCGCCAGAGUCUGCAGUACAUUCCCGCCAAAUACGAUCUCAUGAAUGCGCUGGAUGUGUGCCGGAUGGCGGAUUUCGUGGUGCUGGUGCUCUCCGCCGAGGUGGAGGUCGAGGAGCAAGGUGAACUCCUGUUGCGCUCCAUUGAGGGUCAGGGUAUCUCCAACGUUGUUACCAUCGUACAGGGCCUGGAGAAGAUCAACCCCGCCAAGAAACGUCCGCAGGUCGUCUCCUCUCUCAAGUCCUUCAUCAACCAUUUCUUCCCCUCUGUCGAGAAGGUUCUUUCCGCCGAGUCGAGACAGGAAUGCUCCAACGCCAUUCGAUCUCUGUGCACCGCAACUCCGAAGGGAAUCCGCUGGCGGGAUGACCGGAGCUGGAUGCUCGUGGAGAACGUCCAGUGGCCCGAGAGCAACGCGGAAGUGGUGGACGAUGUCGUAUUGACUGGAAUUGUUCGCAGCAAGGGCUUGAAGGCGGAUCGACUGGUGCAUAUCCCCGGUUGGGGCGAUUUCCAGAUCGAUUCGAUCACAGCCGCGCCCCUACCCACCGCGCGAGGCAAGCGUGAGGACGCUAUGAACGUCGACGAGAGUGGAGCUACCCAGACGCUGGAUACUCCCACCGCAGAUCAGGAUGAUAUGGCGACGGUGGCGCCGGAGGAGAUCGAGAUGGAGGACGAGACCAUGUCCGUGGCCGAGACGGACCGGAAGGGUGUGCUCCUCGAUGACCACCACUACUUCUCAGAUGACGAGUCUCACAUCCCCGCGAAGCCAAAGCGCCUGCCCAAGGGCACGUCCGAGUACCAGUCUUCCUGGUAUCUGGACGAUAUCUCAGAUUCGGGAUCUGACAUCGUUGACGACGAAGAUGAUGACGAAGAGAUGGAGAUGGACACGACCGGAGCACCCGAGGACGGUGUUUUCCCCGAACACAACGAUGCCAUGACGGAAGCUGGCGCUACCGAGUACCCCCAGUCUGAAAUGUUCCUUGACCCGUCGCCCGAAGAUGAGGCCCAGCAGUUGGAGGAGUACCGGGCCAGCCGCAGAAAGGAAGCGAAUGAGGACCUCGAAUUCCCCGACGAAAUCGAACUCCACCCGAACGUUCUGGCCCGCGAGCGUCUCGCCCGGUUCCGAGGCUUGAAGAGCUUCAAAACCAGCACCUGGGAGACGGCCGAGGACCGACCCCACGAACCAGAGGACUGGCGCCGCCUGCUCCAGUUCGCCGACUACAAGGGCUCCAAGAACAAGACGAUCCGGGAAGCCCUGGUCGGCGGCGUCAGCCCCGGUACACGCGUCGAUGUGCACCUCCGCGCGGUGCCUGCCUCUCUCCGCAAUCGGCCCCAGCCCCUGUCGCUCUUCUCGCUCCUCCGCCACGAACACAAGCACACCGUCGUCAACGUGAACAUGCAUCUGAACUCGAGCGUGGAGGAGCCACUCAAGUCGAAGGAGGAGCUGAUCGUCCAGUGCGGCUACCGCCGUCUGGUCGUCAACCCCAUCUUCUCCUCCAACGACAACACCCCCAACAACGUGCACAAGUUCGACCGCUUCCUACACCCGGGCCGCAGCGCCAUCGCCACUUGGAUCGGCCCGCUCACCUGGGGGGCCGUGCCCGUCCUCGUCUUCAAGCAGAAGACGGUGGAAGACCCUGAGGCCAUGGACGCGGCCGACGAGACGACCGGCCCGCCCGACACUGCCCGGCUCGAGCUCAUUGGUAACGGCACCGUCGUCGCGCCCGACCAGGCCCGCGUCGUCGCCAAGCGCGCCAUCCUCACCGGGCACCCGUACAAGAUUCACAAGAAGGUCGUCACCGUGCGGUACAUGUUCUUCAACUCGGAGGAUGUCAACUGGUUCAAGGCGCUCCAGCUGUGGACCCGCCGUGGCCGCAGCGGUUUCAUCAAGGAGAGUCUGGGCACGCACGGUUACUUCAAGGCCACAUUCGACGCGAAGAUCAAUCCCCAGGACUCGGUGGGCAUCAGCUUGUACAAGCGGGUGUUCCCGCGCAAGGCGCGCGCGCUGGAGGAGGUUCUCGCUUGA